AUGAAAAAAUUUCUUUCUGUGAUAAAGAACGUGACAGAUCCAGAAAAAAUCGCUAAAUAUGGUGCUUAGAAAAUUGAAAACUUUGCUGAUUAUUUAGAUCCAAAUAAUGAGAAAACUUCACAAUAAAUUCCUUUUAUGAUUACAAGAUAAAUGAAAAAUGAUCUUUCAGACUUAGGAUACAAUUAAGACGAUAUUAAAAAAAUGACUCCAACUUAUGCAAGCAAUCUACUAUAAAAUCAAAUAAAAAAAAAGUAGUGA